CCCUGUAUGGUCGUAUCUAAUUCAUUUGUCUAUUUUUAAAUUCUCCUUAGUGUAAAUUCCUCUUCUCAUGUUGAAGUUGAAAAUUGAAACCCCGGGGGGAAAAAACCAACAAGCUGGAAUGAAUCCAGAAUUAAGUUGCCAUCGAACUACUUCCAAUUCAUGUACGACAAAAAAGUUGGCAAAGGCUUUUUAGUUAAAUGCCUCAUAUGCCACAAGACAAAAACAAAGUUUAAUAAAAAAGGCGAGAUUGAACUUCUGACCAUUACCAACAAUUCUGGCUACAAUGCCAAAAGGCACAUAAGAACAAUACACCCUACACACCUAACAGAAUUUAACUCUGCUUGGCAAAGAAGAAACCAAGAACCAAGCGAAGAAAGACAGUCAUCUAAUCCUGUUCAAGCUGGACUCUCUACCACGAGAAAAGUAAAAAAGGCUAAUCAGCCUUCUAUAAAGAAUCAUUUGGAUAGUUCUUGGAAGUAUAAGCAGAUUAGAACACAGGAAGAUUUGGACAAAGCUAUUCUGAACCACCUGAUUGCUGACCUCCUUCCUUUCAGUGAAGUCGAAAAGGAAGCAUUCAAGAACCUCAUUGGUGGAUUGUCUGGGCCACUUGUUAUAAGGAGUCGCCCCUUCAUGGUGGAACUAUUAAAGAAGACUUACAGCACGAGCAAAGCAGAUUUGAUUUUGGAACUUGACAAAGCUGAUUAUGUCAGCACCACAGCAGACUGCUGGACUUCACGGCGACGUAGCUUUUUAGGAAUGGCAGUUCAUUGGAUGGGGCAAGAUCUUGAUCGUCGCAGUGAGUAUUUGGGUGUUAGACGAAUUUACGGUUUCCACACAUACAAUGUUGUUGGCAAGGCCAUAUCAGAUAUGCACACAGAAUUCAAGAUUUGCUCCAAAGUAAACUGCACCAUUACUGACAAUGGAUCGAACUUUUUAAAAGCCUUUGACAUGUUCAAACGACCUUCUCACCUGAAAAAAACCCAGCCGCUGACGAAGAUAUGUCCCAUGACGAAGACGAGAAAGACGAUUUUGUAUUUAUUGAUAUAGGCGACAUUAUGAAUUGUGGACCAGAGGAGGUAGAUCUUGGUGACGCUGACAAUGACUUAUGCCUUAAAGAUCAUAUUCAUCUACCUACCCACAUGAGAUGCAGCUGUCAUUCCCUGAAUUUGGUGGCCACAACUGAUGUGAAGAAUAUUGACAGUGUACGGUUUCAAAAAUUGAAGAGCAGUGUGGAUGCAAAGCUUACGGCAAUCUGGAAUAAACAGAGCCGUUCCUCCUUAGCAUCCGAUUUCAUCAAAGCUACAAUGAGCGAACUUUU